AUGUCUGUUCUGCGCCAUGGAGGGGGCGGCGGCUUCCUCCAGCGCCGUCUCACGAAGCUAUAUACCGAUACCAAGACAUCGUGUGAAAGCGUUACUACUGCAUCGAAAGCGCUGGACGAUCCAGAACUUGUUGCUCUUCACCAGAGCUUCCAGAAGCAACGUGACCGUCUGCUCUCGUGGGGCCUAGACUGGAGCGAUGCUAGCGCCGCCCAACCGAACGAUAUCGACGAAUCUUUGACCGCAGCAGGCUUUAGUGAUGUGGUGGAGAGUGUAAUGUCGACUAUUCAAGAUUUGCUCAACGAAGCUGAACGAGUACAACAUAUCGAUCCCCCGAUUCCCUCGACGAAAGACCGCAAGGUGGAUACGAAGGAUGCUUUAAGCAGUCAGCCCCUCAAAACACAAUGGACGGACGACGAUAUCAGUCGGUCGAAGAGGAUUCUGAAUGAGCUGCAGGGGUGCAUAGAUACCCUAUAUGAUCUUUCAAGCUCGCGUCGGACGAUGUCGAGCAUGUCGAGCAAGCAAGGUAGCAGUAUGCGACGACGCCCCGUGCAUGCUUCUUCCUACGAGUCUUCGCAUGGAUCUCUCUCCGAGUCCAAGGAGAAGGCGCAAAGCCCUCAGAACAUGUUCGAUUCCUAUACUUGGUCUCCUUCUACCACCACACCCCGCGACUUCCCCAGCAAGUUCGCUCCGUCUAGCCAACUCCUCAUCGAACGAUCGGCAUUGCAACUCUAUGGCGCAGCCCACGAUAAUAGCCCACCACCUUACCAACCUGUUGCGGCCUCUGCGAAUUCACGCGCAAUUGGUCGCUUGAGCACCUCUGCUUCCCCUGCUUUGUCCUCGAGUGUCAAGGAUACACAUGUCUCGGUAUUGGUCGAGUUCAUGCCUAUGAUGGUAGAGUCGCCGAUGGACCAGAAGAGCUCGCGGCUAGAGAAAUUACAAAAGUCGCUUGACCAGCUAUUGCUCAAUGCAAGGAUCAAGCAUUUGGGCCUCUUACGAUUCAUUGGCUACACUGUUGAUGACUCUAACGCCCGUUACGCCUUCCUGUAUCAGAUGCCUGUCGAUUAUUUCCCAUUCCUGCGCAAUCCUAGCGAUCUGCUCAAAGAGUUGAAGCCUGUGCCGCUCGUGUCCCUGCUCCCGUCAGCGGAGGAUUACCGGGAGAAGCGUAUGCCAAACCUCGAAACACGAUUCCGGUUGGCAUACGACCUUCUCAUGUCUGCCCUGCAUCUGCGAAGUCAGAAUGCCGUGCACGGGGCGAUCAACAGCAGCAAUCACGUUUUUCUGGAGAUGGACCUACUUCCCGAGCCAUUGGCUACGGCUAUGUACCGCCAUCCUGACGACAAGCGAAAUGUUGACGAUGAUUGCGCCUGGGCGUAUGAUCUGUAUUCCCUUGGCCUAAUUUUAUUGGAGAUUGGUCUGUGGGCUCCCAUUGGUCGGCUGUGGAAGAUGAAGUACGAUCGCUCAUGGUUCAAGCACCGCGUUGAAGACCUUUAUGUGAAGAAGCUUGGCCCGAAAUGUGGUAGGGCUUACCUCGAGGUUGUCCAGCUGUGCCUGGAUGCUCCCAACUUCCGUGUGUCUACACAGCCCAUGACCGACCUGGCUUUGCGCGUGCCUCAGAUAUACCAUUAUCCUGUGCUCGAUUUGUCUGAUCCGGAUGGAACUUUUUCUUUUUCAAUGAACUUCCUUUACACUAUUAGCAAGAUCAUGUGGUCUUGCUGCCAAAUUGAUAUCUUCUCGGCUCCUCCAGCCGAAGAACUGGACGAUUGUCUGCCUCUGGCGCUUGUGCCAACCCCCGAGCCAAGUCCUACUCAAGAAAAGAACAUCACCUACUUAACACCCCAUGAGCCUUCAACUUUUGAUAAAAAGUUGCCCGCAGUCUCGGGCGAUCAGUGGGGCGCUGUGGCACAUGAAAGGGCUCCAGACAAGCACGCGAAGAAGCGGACCGUCAAGCGACUGCCUAACAUGGAAAUACCCAAUGAGCACCUUCAAGAAUGGAAUUUCCACAUGAUGCCCAGGCUCAGUCGGCUCCUACAGAAAAUUUUGAGAGAUUCCUCCGAGUCCUGUGGCGCCUCUCUCAUCAUGACUGGCGAGUCUCCUGAGACUGCGCGAACUACCAUUUGUGUCACUUGCGCCAGUGUCAAGAAGGUACGGUCUGCUCUGAAGAAGCACUUCCAACUGGGUCGAGAUGACUGGGACCUCAUCGUCAUCCGCGGCGACAUCGAAAGAUCCAAAGUCCCUCGGAACAAGCGCCGAAGACCUGCCAAGACCAGACCCAAUGGAUCCAACGAGACGCCUUUUCGCCAGCGUGAGUUAAAUCCGUGUCAUCAGCAGCGACCCCUGUGUGGUGCAUCAAUCGGUGCUUUCCAGAACGAGGAACAUCUUCCUCCUGUGUCCUAUGGCGGAGCUGUCCUUGUGGACGGCCUGCCUACGGGCUCACUUGAUGAUGAAGAUAACGGUGGUUCGGAUGAUGAACCGGAGGCCCCUACUCGGUCCGCUGGUAACUGGCCCGGAACUACAUCAACUGCCCCCAGCCAAGAGUUCAUGUAUACCUGGAAUGAAGACAAUCCUUCAGAAAUCAACCUAGACCUUGAAAUCUCCGAUCUCGAGGAUGGUGACGAUGAGUCCGUGUCACAAGGCCCAGGUGGCUUAGACGAGGACUGGCUCUCUGACGAAGAGUCUUCAGAUGAUGAAUCUUUGGACCCUGACAAUGAUGACGAUGAUACUGCGUCGAUUGGUGAUACGACCGGUAUCGAGCCUGGCGAAGAACCACGUCUCUUCGUCACGCAGCCAGCCAUCGACGAUGUUCAUGAUGAUUUUUUUCCCUCCUUAGAAGACCGUGACGACGAGCACCUUGCUUCACACUCUUUGGGCUAUGUGCAUGCCUCAUCUGGUAUUCGACGUUGGAUGUGGAAGGGAAUCAAGCACGAGAUUGACUGGGCGUUGAUCAAAGUGGAUGAACAUCGCAUGGAUCCUCGGAAUAUUGUCAUUGAUGCUACGACGUCCUCCCCCGCCCGGCCUCUACCAGGACGAGCAGCCCAGCCUCCCCCUAUAUUUCUUCACUCAGUUGCCCGGAUGGAGGACCUAGGCGGAUUGCAGGUUCACUGCUGUGGCCGCACCAGUGGUCUUCAAUCAGGGCAGAUAUCCAAGGCGAUGACAAUAGUCAAACUUCAUGGCCGUCAUUCGUUUUCGACGAGCUUUUGCGUUAACGGAAACUUUGGAGCCCCCGGUGACUCCGGCGCAUGGGUAUUUGACAGAUCUACUGGUCGCGUCUGCGGCCACGUCCUUGCUUGGUCCGAACGGAGCAACACUACCUACAUCGCCCCCAUGGAAGUGAUCCUCGAAGACAUCGCUCGCACUCUCAAUGCCUCCCUCGUCUCUCUUCCCGGCGACUCAUUCCAAACCCUUGGCUACGCCAGUCCUACCUCUCCUCAAGGCCCGAACUAUAGCUACCAAGCGCAGCAACUCCAACUUCCUGACGAUAUGAGUCGUUUGACUGUUGGCGGGCCCCCGCCUCCGCUACCACCUCACCCUUUCAACCAUCCCGGCCCUCACCACCCCGGCUUCGGGCGUCCUCCGCCUCCCCCUCCUCCUCCACCUCGACCUCCACCACCAGGUUCCCGUGAGGGUCAUGCUCAUCGGGGCACCCCGGUUCCACCGGCUUUAUUAGCAGGGCCUCGGAAUGUGGAACGUCAACUGGCAUAA